UGGCAUUGGUACGGCCACUCCUCUCUCUUAGAGACAGAGGGACUGCUAGAGAGAGAGAGUUCUGUGUCUAAAUUCCCUAAAUUUCUAAAAUUAGGUUUCUUUCAUGAACGAGAGCUUUCUCAAACAGAACCCCAAAUAAAUCCCAUUAUCAAACAAAACCAUGGCGGAGCACUUAGCUUCAAUCUUCGGUACCGAGAAAGACCGAGUUAAUUGCCCUUUCUACUUCAAGAUUGGCGCAUGCCGUCACGGCGAUCGCUGCUCUCGCCUCCACAAUCGCCCCACCAUCUCUCCCACUCUCUUAUUAUCCAACACGUACCACCGCCCUGACAUGAUUACUCCCGGUGUCGAUGCUCAAGGCCAGCCACUCGACCCACACAAGAUCCAGGAGCAUUUCGAAGAUUUUUAUGAGGAUAUUUUUGAAGAACUAAGCAAAUUUGGUGAGAUCGAGAACCUUAAUGUUUGUGAUAACCUCGCCGAUCACAUGAUCGGUAACGUUUAUGUUCAGUUCAAGGAGGAGGACCAAGCUGCUGCCGCUUUGCAAUCUCUUCAGGGACGAUUUUACUCUGGUCGUCCUAUUAUCGCCGAUUUCUCUCCAGUCACUGAUUUUCGUGAAGCUACCUGCAGACAGUACGAGGAGAAUAACUGCAAUCGUGGUGGUUAUUGUAAUUUUAUGCAUGUGAAGCUGAUUGGGAAGGAUUUGCGGAGAAAGUUGUUUGGAAGAUAUCGGGGAUACAGGGUUAGUAGGAGUCGGAGUAGGAGUGUGAGUCCGAGGAGGAGGGAUAGAGAUUAUGAUAGGCGUGAGAGGGAUUACAGAGACAGAGACCGUGAUUAUCGUGGAAAUGGGAGGAGGAAUGACAGAGACGGAGGGAGGAAAAGACACGGGAGUCCGAGGAGGAGCAGGAGCCCGGUCAGGGAAGGCAGCGAGGAAAGAAGGGCCAGGAUUGAGCAGUGGAAUAGAGAGAGGGAGGAGAAGCAGUGAUUUGAAGAGGGAGAAAGUUGUCUUGGCUGGUCUAGGAGUGGAGAUGUAUGUUGGCAUUUUUCUCUUAUUGCAGCUUGUAGGUGUAGGGAUUGAUCCUGCCAGCAGAUACAUCAUAUAGGCAGGGUGACCUGGGCCCAAAAGUUGUGCUCUAUACGAGUUAGGGUCAGUUCUGGGAUCUCUGAAUUGGGCCAGUUGAACACGAAGUUGGUCAGAAAAAGGGCACGGUGUUCAUGUCCAGUUAGAUGACUGUGGUCAGUAGGAAGAAGUCCAUGCACCAAAUGAAAUGGGUCCUGGAACUUGAUUGUUAUUGAUUUUGAAAUAGGGAAAGGUUGUGAUUGUGGGUCCUGGAACUUGAUGGUGCAGAAGAGGCGAACCAGGAUCAUAAGAGCUCCUGCUGAUUUGCUAGAAUGGUGCGUGAACAGUGAGGGGAGCUUGAUUAUUCUGAAUGAAAAGAAAAGAAAAGAAAAGAACCCUUGACCCUAGGUUGCCUGCCUUGCAAAUGCUGUAGUGGUGUUGCAGUGGCGAAAUAGUAUCCAUCUUAACAUUUCCUAAGGUUUCCAGUGGCGAACUGCUUCCCUGUGAACUUUGAUGGUAAGGUGACCAAUAAACUUUGGGAUAAUUACAUGUUUGAUUUUUUCUUCGCGUCCUCAACUUUAAUAAUUUUUAUAAUACUAGGUUUGCAAUUUAACAA